CCCGGAUUCCUGCGGCUUUGAGCACGUCUUCGUGGGCGAGUCCAAGCGGGGGCAGGAGAUCAUGGGGCUCCACAAUUGGGUGCAGUUCUACCUGCAGGAGAAGAGGAACAACAUCGACUACAAAGGGUUCGUGGCCCGACAGCACAAGAGCCGGCCGGAUGAAGACGAUCAGGUGUUGAACCUGCAGUUCAGCUGGAAGGAUCUGGUGAAGCCGGUGGGCAGCAGCUUUGUGGGGGUCAGCCCGGAGUUUGAGGUGGCGGUCUACACCAUCGUCUUCCUCACAUCCCAGGAAAAGCUGAGUAAGGAGGUGGUGCGGGUGGAGGAGUACGAGCUCCAGAUCGUGGUCAACCGCCACGGCCGCUACAUCGGCACCGCCUACCCCGUCCUGCUGAGCAGCAACAACCCCGACCUGUACUGAGCGCCCCCUAGUGUCCGCUCACAGCUCUGCAACUCUCAAAGACUUCAGAUUCCUCAUCAUUUCCAGGAUCCCUGCUUGCUGUCAGUGAAUGGAAGACACCGUCCUGACCGGAUACAAUGGGAGGAUUUGGUUUGUUCCCAUUCACUGACAGCAAGCAAGGGUCUUGAUGUAAAUUAAAACAGUGUUUCCCAGCCAGGGUGCCUCCAGCUGUUGUAAAACUACAACUCCCAGCAUGCCCGGACAGCCAAAGGCUGAAAUGCUGGGAGUUGUAGUUUUACAACAGCUGGAGGCACCCUGGUUGGGGCGCUUCUUCUUUUUUUUUUUUUUUUUGUGAUAGCGGUAUAAGGGCAUUCCUAUGAUAACACUUCCUGGCGCCCCUUGACUUUGUCAGUUCAGGGUUAUCAUAGGGAUCCAAUGGCUGCUGCAUACAAACAGUCAGAAUCCAGGUAAGGAAAUCUAAGCUAGCCUCUAAUUAGUUUGCUUUUGAGGCUCGGCGUCCCUAUGACAACACUUCCUGGCCCACACUCAGCUUUGACAGAUCAGUGUUAUCAUAGGGACUCUGGGCCUCAUAGAAAUCAAUUAGAAGCUAGCUUUUAUUUCUUUACCUGAAUUCUGAUUGAUUGUAUGCAACACUCCGAGAAUCCCUAUGAUAACACUUCCUGCUACCUCUUAUUUUGACAGUUCGGUGCUAUCAUAGGGACGCUGGCCCUCAUAUGAAAAUAUUAGAGGUUGGCUUAUAUUUCCUUACAUGGAUUAUGAUUGGUCAUAUGAGACACUCCCACCAUUCCUAUGAUAACACUUCCUGGCCCGCCAUUGGCUUUGAUCAAUCAGUGUUUUCGUAGGGAUGCUGGUAGUACCUCAUAAGACCAAUUGUUUCCCUAUUGGUCAACAAUUGGUUGCAUUGGAAGUUGAGUGUUAUCAUAGGGACACUGGGAAAUUAAUUAGAACAGUGUUUCCCGACCAGGGGGCCUCCAGCU